CGUUGCGCAAAAAUAAACGACCUCAGCAUAUAAUUUAGAGAAUAAAUAAUGUCCAUUCAUUAAUACAGUAUUUCCACCUGUAAUUUGCUACUACUAUCAUUCACUCUGUCACUGAUCGGAGAAGGUAUUGAUACACCGGUUUGCGCGUCGCGUGAUUCUGACGUGCCAUCCCCAUUGUAGAUUGACAACCCAGAGCAGACAGGUAUCGGCAAACUGCAAGUGUGGGUGGCUGGGACAGCAAGUAGUCGGGUCAUUUCAUCCCAGUGGAUUACACCGGCAAAAUGAGCUCGAGUAAACCGAAAAACAAAAGCGAGAAUAAAACAGAGAAGCAAUUGGCUGCGGAGAAAGAACAGUUUGGAAAACUACAGCUCCACAGCAUCAGUAAAAGCAUCACCUCCAGUGAGACACCGCUGAAGGAGAAAUAUGCACGCAACAUCAUCAUGGGGACCCAUAAGGAGGGCGGAGCCACAACGUUCUGGUCGUUCAUCAUCAACCUGCCGCUCUCCUCCAACGCCAUCGUCAGCUGGAAGUUCUGCUACAUGCUGCACAAAGUCCUCCGGGACGGGCACCAUAACGCUGUGAGAGACUCUCAUAGAUACAGCAGGAACGUCAAAGACAUGGGUGUACUCUGGGGGAACUUGCAUGAUAGGUACGGCCAUAUUGUGUCCCUUUCGGCCAAGUUCCUGUCCCUCAAAAUGGAGUUCCAUGUGAAGCACAAGGUUAUUCCAGGUAACCUGGAGGCCACAGACGAGACGGUGGAGAGAGAGGCAGGAACUGACGUCAACAAAAUAUUUGAUAUGACUCAUGAGCUGUUAGAUUACCUGGACGCUGCUCUGAAAAUGUCAGAGACAGUUUGGCGGCAGCUGGAUGCCAACGCUGGCAAGUCCACCACCCCGGCCGGACAGUGUCGCCUGGGACCUCUAAUUCCUGUUAUACUGGACUGCAGCUGGGUCUACCACUUCUCUGUCAAACUACUGUUCAAACUGCACAGCUGUGUUUCAGCUGACUCUCUUCUCGGACACCGGGAGAGAUUCCGUGAUCUGUUCAACAGCCUCACUAAGUUAUUUGAUCGAGCCAGAGAGACGGAGUUCUUCAAAAAGGUUAUUCAGAUCCCUGACCUGCCAGAUUCUCCUCCGAACUUCCUGCGUGCCUCUGCGCUGGCGGAGUACGUGCGGCCGGUGGUGGUGAUGCCCAGUGAGGAGCCUUAUGAAGAAGUCGAUGCGGCGCCGCAGCCAGACUACAGCCAAACACCACAGCAACCGUACAACAUGUUAAGCCAGCUGGGAGCUCCUGAUGCUGGAUUUGAUCAAAGAAGAUCUCCGUCUCCAGCUCUGACGGAGGCAGAGGCUCUGAGGAAGGAGCUGGAGGUCAUUAAACCAGAGCUGCAGCUCCUCAAAACGGAGGCUCAGAGGUGUGUGACCCAGCUGAAGUCUCAGGUGAACAGGCUGGAAGCAGAGCUGGAGGACCAGAGGACCCAUAAGCAGAUGGCUCUGGUGGACAAUGAACACCUGCGCAUGGAAGUAGGGGCCUUACGACAGGCCACCGCCGCCCUACCAGGGGUACAGGCUGGAUACCAGGAGGCUGAUGGUCGAGCCCAGGCAGCUGAGCUGCGUUUUUCUCAGCUCAAAGAGCGACACGCUGAACUGGUCACCAGCCACGCUGAUCUACUGAAGAAGAAUGCAGAGACAGUCCGGUUCUUGUCCAGCACCCAGCAGAACCAGGAGGAAUUGGCCACGGCCAAACAGCAGCUGGCCAGCGAGGUGGACCACCUUCGACAGGAGAAUAGACUCAAGCUGGAGCAGCAGAAGCAGGAGAUGGAUCGGCUGAAAAGAGAGCUGUUGGACCAGAGAGCAGCGUUGGGUGAAGUCCACAGUGUCCUGGACAACAAAGAGAUGGCUGGUUCCCAAAUGACUGGUGCUCUGCAGGGUCUCCAGCGAGAGAGAGAGGAACUGCUGCGCUGUUUGAGGGAGAAAGAGGGUGAAGUGUCCUCCCUACAGCAGCAGGCUCAGCUCCAUCACGGCUCCAUGGAGCAGGACAGGGACAGAUCAGCCAGAGAGAUGGCCAGCCUGAGGCAACAGCUACAGCAACAGCUGGCUAUAAACGCGGAGCAGAGAGUGGAGAUUGACAGACUGAAGCGAGAGCUGGAGCAGAGUCGAGCAGAGGUGUCACGUGCUAACAAUGCCCUGCAGAACAAGGAGAUGACUGGUUCUCAGAUGAACAGUGCCCUGAUGGGUCUCCAGACCGAGAGAGAGGGGCUGCUGCGCUCUGUGAAGGAGAAAGAUGCUGAGCUGUCCUCUUUAAGGCAGCAGGCGCAGCUCCAACGCAGCUCUCUGGAGCAGGACAACGACAGGACAUCCAGAGAGAUGGCCAGUCUGAGGCAACAACUACAGCAACGGGCAUCUCGUGAGGGUGAGCUGACCAGGAAGCUGCAAGAGGAACAGUUCUGUCUGCUCCAGUGUGCCGUGGUGGAGGCUGAAGGCAUCAUACUGGACGCUGUGUCCAAACUGGACGACCCCAUACACGUACGCUGCACCUGCUCUCCAGAUUACCUGGUGAACCGAGCUGAGAUCACCCUGGGUUCUUUGGACAAGAUGCAGCAGAGUCACAUGGUCUACCUUGGAAAUAUGGAUGAUGCCAGUGGUCUUCUGAGGGCUGUGACACAGUUCUCCCAUCUAGCUUCUGACACCAUCGUCAACGGAGGAGCUACAGCACACAGUGCUCCUACUGACCAGGCCGACCGUCUGACUGACAGUUGUAGAGAAGCUUCCACUCACUGUCUGCAGUUCCUACACGAGCUGAAGUCCAGAGCCACGUUACAGAGAGCCGACCCUACUACGAUACGCUAUGUAAUGCGACGUAUACUCACUAUGGGACAGGAUCUGUGUCUUCAAGGGCAGGAUGUUCUAAAAGAGGAGCUGGGGGAAAUGGUUGAUAAAGAGAUGACUGCUACCUCUACUGCAAUAGAGGAGGCUGUACUCCGCAUGGACGAGAUCCUGAACCAGGCCAGGAGAGACACAUCUGGGGUCAAACUGGAGGUCAACCAGAGCAUCCUUGGCUCCUGUUCAGACCUAAUGAAGGCCAUCCACAUGCUGGUGACCGCUGCCACUGACCUGCAGAAAGAUAUUGUGGAAAGCGGCAGAGGGGCAGCAUCAGUGAAGGAGUUCUAUGCUAAGAACUCCUGUUGGACUGAAGGCCUCAUCUCUGCCUCCAAGUCAGUGGGCUGGGGCGCCACUCAGAUGCUAGACUCGGCUGACAAGGUGGUAACUAGCGGGGGUAAAUACGAGGAGCUCAUCGUCUGUUCUCAUGAGAUCGCUGCUAGUACCGCCCAGCUGGUCGCUGCCUCCAAGGUGAAAGCGGACCGGAACAGCAAGAAGCUGUCGACGCUGCAGCAGGCCUCGCGACACGUCAACGACAUGGCUGCCAUAGUGGUGACCUCCACCAAUCACGGACAGAGGCAGAUCACUGAGAGAGAACCCAUGGACUUCUCAGGCAUCUCCCUGAUCAAAGUGAAGACUCAAGAGAUUGAGUCUCAGGUGAAGGUGUUGGAGCUAGAGAAUCAGCUGGAACAGGAGAGAGUUCGUCUGGGAGAGCUGAGGAAGAGACACUACCAGCUGUCUGGGACUGGUACAACCCACGGGGGGGAGGUGGAGGUGGAGGGGGGAGACGGGGAUGACGGGGGAGACAGCUUCCCACCCCCUCCCCCUCCAACCCUCUUACCAGCCUCCACCCUGCUGCCCCAGCCCUACCUAAACACACAGCCCUUCUCACAGACACAACCCGACUCACAACUAUCAGCUCAGUCCUACUCACCACCCAAGUCCUACUCACACACUCAACCCUAUUCACAAACAAAGCCUUACUCUGAACCUGAAUCCUACUCACAGCCUGCAACGCAAUCCUACUCACCACCCCAAUCCUACUCAUCAUCUCAAACCCAAUCUUACUUACCACCUCAAUCCUACUCAUCAUCCCAAACCCAAUCUUACUUACCACCUCAAUCCUACUCAUCAUCCCAAACCCAAUCUUACUUACCACCUCAAUCGUAUUCUCAAACCCAAUCCUACUCACCUCCCCAAACAUACUCUCAAAGCCAGCCGUAUGUAAACACCAAUCCCUUCUCCCAACCCUCGCCUCUGUCCCCACCUCUGUCCCAGCCCGAGUCCCUUCCCCUUCCAAAUAACUCAGUAGAACUCGCCAAGCCAACCCACACUUCAAAGAAACCUUCCAUCUUCCAGAAAACAGGAACCCUGUUUAGUAAGUUCCGAAGAGGUGAGGCUGGAACAGAGGAAUCCAGAAUCCGGAAUGUUAGAAUCCCAAAUCCAGAAUGAGAAGAUUCUACCUGUCUGCAUACCUUGUCAUGUGAACUACUGUAUAUGCAGUUUACUCAGUUUACUCCGGUGCAUUGAUUGAAGAACAACCCUUUUCAAGAUAGCAACUUUAUUGUAGUAUUUAAUAUUUCUUAAUGUCUUGAUACACUAUUUGAUUACAAAAAAAAAUCUGGGUAAAAUAACGGUUAAUAAUAUUAUUAUUAUUACUAACAUUAUUACUUCUUUUAAGAAUGUGUAUUAUCUUUCUAUUUGAAAAAGCAGUCAUUUCUUACUGACCACUGCAGUGCUUGUAGGAAGAAUUGUGUCUAAACCAACAUCCCAACGCUUUGUCCAAAUGCCUUAAAAAUACAACAUGGUUAACAACCAAUCAACGUA